AUGACCUCCGUCAAGAUGACAGCACCUAAGAAAAGAAUCUACAUAAGUAGCCCCAAAAAGUACAUUAACGGACUAUCUGAUGCCUUUAAACUGGACCACGGAUUGUUCAUAACAGAGCUGAACCCCAAUAUAAAUGAAGGAUAUUUGCAGGCUUACUUUAAAGAACUGGGAUUUGACACAAUAUGUAAGAUCUGGAAAUUGCAUAACACUGGGACCAGCAUGUCCGUGGCCUUUGUUCGGUUCUUUACAGAAGAGGAAGCAGACCGAGGAGACUGGGCUGGUCCACACUGCAUUGCUGGGACAGAGGUGAAGUCCAGAAGAGUUGUCAGUCCAAAAGUUGAAGACGAAUCAGAGGAUGAGAUUAAGAUUAAUUCUUAA